AUGCCGCCUCCCACUGCAUCCCAAAAGCCCGCAAAGCUCAACGGCAAGUCUGAGGCGCCUGCCAAGCCCGCCGCGGCGGAGCACGACGAGCACAGCGGCAAGCCCGACCAGGCAAAGUACAAUGCUGAGCAGGACGCGCUCAACAAGGAAAUUGCCGCGCUCAAGGUCAAGCAGGACGCGAUCCGCAACCGGAUCGCGCUCACCCAGGCGCCCAAGGGCGACGAUCGGCGCUCGCAGCUCAAGGCCGAGAUGGACAAGCUUCGCGGCGAGCAGGGCAAGUUCAAGACGGAGCGCGGCAAGCUGUUUGACGAGAUGCGCAAGCUGCAGGACAAUGUCAACAAGAAGAUCAAGGACGUGCAAGCACAGCGCCAGAAGACGGGAUUCAAGAAUGUUGCCGAGGUCGACGCCCGCGUGGCAGCCCUCAACGCCCAAGUCGAGGCCGGGACCCUGAAGCUCGUCGACGAGAAGAAGGCUUUGCAGGAGAUUACGAUCCUCAAGCGCGCCCGCCGGACAAUGGAGGCCAGCGGGACUUCAGACGAGGCGAUCGCGGCCGACAAGGCGCGUAUCGACGCCCUCAAGGCGCAGCUGGACGACCCCGAGGCCAAGAAGGUUUCGGAGCAGUUCGACGUGCUCAAGAAGGAGAUGGAUCUUCUCCGGGCUGAGGGGGACAAGGCGUACGCCGAGCGCAACAAGCUUUUCGAUGAGCGUAACGCCAUCUCAAAGUCCAUGGACGAGCUUUAUGACCGGAAGCGCGAGGCUGCGCAGUCCUUCCACGACGCAAAGGACAAGUACUAUGCCAAGCAGCAGGCGAUCCGCCAAGCCCGGCAGGAACGGUUCAAGGCCGAGAAGGCCAAGGAGGACGCGGCCAGGCGCGACGAAGAAAUCAACCAGAUGCGCGAGGACGCGCGUGCCCCCGCCUACGCGGCUGAGAUCGAGGACGCGACCAUCCUCAUCAGCUACUUUACCGGCAAGUAUGGUGGCGAGGUUCCGGUCACAUCGACCGAGAAGAAGGAGAAGACGAUUGCAGGCGUCAAGGCCGUCGAGGUGCGCCAGGUGACGGCCGACUUUGCGGGCAUGCAGCUCAAGAAGAAGGACGACGAGCUGGACGGUUGGUUUGCCGGCUCGGCCAAGAAGAAGAAGGGACGUAAGGGCGGUAACUCUAAUGCCACUUCGGGGGCUGCUACGCCUGCUCCGGCGCAAGCUCACUCGGACUCGGUUAACGUGCCCAUGAACCUCCUGAGUGCGCUGCUUGCUUUCGGCAUCUCGCCGCCGGCGGGCAAGGACGACAUUACGCGGGCGGUUGCCGACCUCGAGACUAAGAAGGCUUGGUUUGAGGCCAACUCGGAGCAGAAGACUAAGGACGAGAUUGCGCGCGUCGACAAGCUCGUGGCCAAGAUGCAGAAGAAGAACGCGCCGGCCGACGACGACGAGGCCGAGCCCGCCGAGGAGAAGGACGAGUCGGCGGCUGAGCCCGAGCCCGUCGUCGAGGACAAGGCCGAGGCGUAG